AUGUCAGUUUACGGGAGCGUGCCAUUAUUUGACUGUAAAAGUGAUGAGUGGGGAGUUCAUAGUGCACAGUUGAAAAAUUUCUUUGUGGCUAAUGGUAUUAACGAUACAAGCGACGUGAAUGGUGUUAAACGACGUGCUAUAUUACUUAAUUGCAUGUCACAGGACUCAUAUCGGUUAACUCGUGAUUUGUUAUUUCCAAUUGUGCCCGAGUCGGCCACCUACAGUGUGAUUGUAGAUACUUUGGAUGCUCAUUUUCAACCCAAAAAGUGCAUAUAUGCGGAACGGCAGAAAUUCUAUUCGGCUAAGAAAGACCCCCACGAGUCCCUACCAGAAUAUGCUGCGCGUAUUCGUGGCUUGGCAUCUACAUGUCAGUUUGGUACUUCGCUAGAAAUGUGUAUGACGGAUCGUUUCGUCCUCGGCGUUGACUCCCCAGUUGUACGAGAGAAGUUAUUUCGGGAGGAUCCUGGACAACUCAAAUUAACACGAGCAGUCGAGGUAGCAGGAGCAGUAGAAAGCGCGCAACGGGUUGCGUGUUCAGAUCUGGCAGCGCUCAAUAUUAAAUCUGAAUCGGUGCUGUACGCGGCUGAGCGGACAGAGCGGCGCCAUGCGACCGCUGGCAGGAGCCGCGACGUCGGCAGCGGCGGCAGCGGCGGCAGCGGUCAUUUAAAACGUAUGUGUGCCUCGAAAAGUGUUCGUAUGGUUGACCGUAAUAACAUUAAGUCACGUAGAAAUAGGAAUAGCGAAAAGCGAAGUAAUUUUAUCAGUGAAUGUGAUAACGAGAGCGAAAACAGCGAUUAUGCGCUGUUAAAUAAUAUUAGAUGUUCUGAGGGUGCGCCGAUGACUGUGGCGGUGACCGCGGACGGGAAACCGUUUAGCAUGGAAAUAGACUCGGGCAGCGCGGUGUCGGCAAUGCCGUCGGCGGUGUGGCGCAGGUAUUUUUCUAAAACCCAUCCACUCGCAAAUAAGUACAGCUCAAUUUUAAAUAAAUAUAAUUCCCUGUUUUCUGACAACCUUGGUACUUUUAAUCGCUAUAAGUUGACAUUACAUUUGAAGGAGGGCGCUGUCCCAAAAUUUUGUAAAGCUAGAACAGUGCCCUUUGCACUCAAGGACAAAGUGAGUGCGGAGUUAGAUAGACUGGUACGGAUAGGUAUUUUAAAACCGGUUUCUUAUUCGAAGUACGCGUCACCGAUUGUUGCCGUUUUAAAAAAGAACAACGAAGUACGUAUCUGUGGCGAUUAUUCAGGUACAAUUAAUAAAAUAUUAAAAGUGGAUUCGUAUCCACUACCCAAAUUGAAUGAGUUAUGUGCUUCCUUGCACGGUUGUCGCUAUUUUAGCAAGCUCGAUUUGUCACAAAGCUAUAAUCAAUUUUUACUAGACGACCAGUCUCAAGAAUACACAUGUAUAAAUACACAUAAGGGGUUAUUUGUUUACACUCGGCUAGUGUUUGGCUUAGCAAACGCACCAGCGCUAUUCCAGCGUGCAAUGGUUCAAUUGUUGAACGGCAUAGAUGGAGUCGUAUGUUUCCUCGACGAUGUGCUUAUUGCCGCAUCUACUCCCGAAUUACACUGGGAACGCGUAGAACAAGUUUUGAUUCGACUAAGAGAUGCUGGACUUAUAUUGCAAAAAUCUAAAUGCUAUUUUCUUCAGGAAAAAGUGGAAUAUCUGGGGUUUAUCAUAGAUCGGGAGGGAAUUCACAAAAAUCCAGAUAAAAUUAGAGCAAUUAUUGAUGUCAAGGUUCCUAUGAAUACGAAACAAUUAAAAUCGUUUUUAGGAAUUGUAAAUUUUUAUCACAGUUUCAUACCGCAAGCGGCGGCGUUACUAGUACCACUACAUACUUUGUUGCGAAAGGAUAUCGAGUGGGAGUGGACAGACGAGCACCAAAAAGCGUUUAAUGCUGUUAAAAGGGAAUUGAGUUCAUCACGAGUGUUAUCUCACUAUGACCCCCGACAGCAGCUCGUGCUUACCGUAGACGCGGCGCCAAGUGGGCUGGGCGCGGUUCUAGCAGCGCGCUACCACGACGGUGCCGAACGUCCCAUCUGCUAUGCGUCACGAGCAUUAAACAAAAGCGAACGUGCAUAUAGCCAGAUUCAAAAGGAGGCGACGGCCAUCAUUUAUGGUAUCAAAAAAUUCCACCAGUAUCUUUAUGGCCGUCAGCAACCAUUCAUUUUGAGAACCGAUCACAAACCCUUGUUGUCAAUUUUUUCGCCAGAAAAAGGAGUACCUCAAAUGACUGAAUCUAGGCUUCAACGAUAUGCAUUAUUUCUCGCUGCUUAUAAUUACAAAAUUGAAUUCGUUAGCAGUGGAAAUAAUGUUGCUGAUUAUUUAAGUCGGUUUCCUGUGGAAAUGGAACCGCAAGAAGUAAUUAAUGACACCGAAAUGCCUAGUUAUAUUAACGCACUAGCGGCGGCCGGUGCGACAUUGCCCGCCUCAUUGGAGGAGAUGCGGUCGUCUACUGCUGCCGACAUUACACUUUCUGAUGUCAUACAAUAUAUAAAUAAAGGGUGGCCACGGAAAGUACGAGUAGAAUUGCUGCCGUACAGCCGGUGUCAGCACGAGCUUCAUGUUGACAAUGGAUGUUUAAUGCGUGGUCAUCGCGUGGUCGUACCCGAGGUAUACAGGUCGGCUGUGAUACAAGAACUCCAUGCUGCGCAUUUAGGCAUAAUGAAAAUGAAGUCGUUGGCUCGAGAGCGUUGUUGGUACCCGGGUAUCGACCGUGAUAUUGAACAAACAGUGUCCAACUGUGACCGUUGCAUUUCCGUUCGGUCAGCUCCCCCGAAAGCUCACAUGGAAUCAUGGAAUUGGCCUGUAUCUGUUUUUGAUAGAAUUCAUUUGGACUAUCUUGGGCCCUUAAGUAGUAAAAUAUUUCUUGUUUUAGUCGAUGCUCAUAGUAAAUGGAUUGAAUGCUUGGAUAUGCCAAAUAUGACGUCUCAAAGUUUAAUUUUAAAUUUAAAAAAAGUAUUUUCGAGAUUCGGUUUGCCUAAAACAAUUGUGACAGACAACGCAACAACUUUUACGUCUUCUGAGUUCGGAAAAUUUUGUGACGUCAACGGUAUCACUCACAUAUUGUCUCCCGUUUAUUCGCCGCAAAGUAAUGGACUCGCCGAAAACGCGGUUAAAACAUGCAAACGAUUUAUUAAAAACGCGCUUAAAGAUUGUUCCAUAAAAAAUAUAGGUAGCCGAUUAGAUGAUUAUUUAUUUUAUUACCGAAAUACGCCACACUGCACGACUGGUGUAUCGCCGUCAGUACUCAUGUUCGGUAGGAAUCUACGAUGUAAACUCGACCUCAUAUCUGUCCGACCGUCGGCCACAGGUCCUAACCCAAUGUUGAUUAAUAACCGUGUACGGCUGAACCAGGAACGCCAACGACGUUGUUUCGGUGGCAAAGGACGAUACUUUUCGCGAUAUGAUAAGGUUUGGAUUAGAGACUAUCGAUUUAAUCCAAAAAGACCGGUGUGGGUGUUAGGAUCGGUCGUCAGUCGUGUCGGUAAGGUUGUUUACGAUGUUGCUGUAAAGGACACUGAUAUCGUUUGGAGGCGUCACAUUAACCAGUUACUGGAUGCGAAGACUUAUAAUGGUAACGUGAAUAGUUCCGCUUGGUCAUAUGAUAAGUACGACAACGGGACAACCUGUUCUUUGACCCACGAUCUAACUACGGAGCCGUUUCAGUCAGACUCGCCAACUACGGCUCCAGGGUUAGGAGUGGAAGGCGAGGUGCGGCCGUCUACACCGGCCGGCUCGCCGGAGCCGCGGGCGCCCAACGAUGCCGAUUACGACUCGUACGGCACGCCUCCCAACGAGGCGCCCGAGCGGUCACCACCGCGCGCCGCCUCUAUUCCUGGAGUCCGCCGCACACGAUCGGGACGCCCAGUUCAUCCACCCAAAAGAUUAUUUUUUUAG